AUGCAUGUUGAUUUUGCUGAACAUACAUUAUCAAAAGAAGUUGAAGAUGCAUUAGCAUCUAUUAAAAAACUUAAGGAAAUAUCAAAGGAAACAAGAGAUUAUAUUAAAUAUUCACGAAAGUAUUAUCAAAUAAUGCAUAGUAAAAUUAAAUCUAAGGAAUGGAUUUCAUUACAAUGCCAAUUUGAUCUUAUUUUAUCUAUCAAUGGUUUUCUUGGAAUGCUCACAUUUUUUUUAAAUAAAUAUCCAAAUUCAAUGAUUCAACCAAAACGUAUUUCUCAAGAUAUGCUUGAAGGACUUUUUGGUACAAUUCGUGAACUUGGUAAAGAUUCUUUUACACAAACACUUAAAUCCUAUAGACAUUCCUUAAACAAAUAUCAAGUUACAAGAUUAGUUACAUCUGAAGUAAAAAGUUUUAAUUAUGGUGAUGCAGAUGGUACUGGAACUGGUAUUACUACAUUAGCAAGAAGAGACUAUAGAAAAGAUAAAAACAAAUCAAUAGAUAAUGAAAAAAUAACUAUUCCAUCAAAAUCAAAUAACGAAAAUAUUGAUCAAGAAAAUCAUAGAAUUCAUCAACUUCAGGAAGAGCGACAAAAUCUUAUAGAAGCUAUUUUCUAUCAGGAUUCUAUUGAUAAAUUACUACAAAAAUGGCAAGAUAUUAUUAAAAAAAUAGCUUUUGAUGCAAUUUCCAAAAAAAAAAAAAAAUUCAAUGCAACUAAUUUAAACAAUUCUCCAACUCAAAGACUUGUUGCAUAUUUACUUUUAGAAAAAGUAAUUGUGUUUACAUUUAAAAGAACAUCAAAUAGUCAACUUUCAAUAAACCAUUAUUUAAUAUCUGAAGAAAUUAUUGUCCUAGAACCAGAAGAAGCAUCAAAAUUCUCCUAUAUAGUUGGAUGGAUUAUUUAUAAGUUAACCAAAAACGAUCAUAUAACAAAAUUACAUCCUGAAUUUGAAUCUAUUUGUGUCCAUUUAAAGGCCUUAAAUUUAGAAUGA